UUUAAAGUAUAGUAUGAUCCUCCAUUAGGGUUUAUGGAAUGGCGGCUCUGGCUCCCUCGUCCCGCAGCAUUGCUGUAGCUCUGAUCUCGGGGGAUCGAUCUAGGGCGGCGCACUUGGCUGUGAGGAUCCCGAUCUCGAGAGCGAGUAGAGUGGCGGCGAUGGCUUGCUCCUCGUCCGGGAAUGUAGCAGCAAUCGCCAGCGAGCAGGCGCAUUCUAGCGCUCCAGCGAUCCGGCAGAAGCUCAACAAGGUGGUUCUAGCGUACAGUGGGGGCUUGGACACGUCCGUGAUCGUGCCGUGGCUGAGGGAGAACUAUGGCUGCGAGGUUGUGUGUUUCACAGCUGAUGUUGGGCAAGGCCUGGGCGAGCUCGAAGGGUUGGAAGCUAAAGCGAAGGCAAGCGGUGCAAGCCAGCUGAUCAUCAAGGACUUGAAAGAAGAGUUUGUGAAAGACUUUAUCUUCCCUUGCUUGCGAGCUGGUGCCGUGUACGAGAGGAAGUAUCUGCUUGGAACUUCGAUGGCUCGCCCUGUAAUUGCAAAGGCCAUGGUUGAUGCUGCAAAGGAAGUUGGAGCUGAUGCCGUUUCUCACGGUUGCACAGGGAAAGGAAACGAUCAGGUGAGAUUCGAGCUAACGUUCUUCGCAUUGAACCCGAAGCUAGCUGUUGUUGCGCCCUGGAGAGAAUGGGACAUAAAAGGCCGCGAAGACGCCAUAGAGUAUGCAAAGAAGCACAACGUACCAGUGCCCGUGACGAAGAAAUCUAUCUACAGCCGAGACCGCAAUCUCUGGCACAUUAGUCAUGAGGGAGACAUUCUCGAGGACCCCGCGAACGAACCCAAGGAGGACAUGUUUGUCAUGACUACAAAUCCAGAGAAAGCUCCUGAUACGCCAGAGUACCUGGAGAUCAGUUUCGAGAGAGGCCUGCCAGUCACGGUGAACGGCAAGGCUCUGUCCCCCGCCAAACUCCUGGAAGCGCUCAACGAUGCCGGAGCCAGGCACGGCAUCGGGAGAGUGGACAUGGUGGAGAACAGGCUCGUCGGCAUGAAGAGCCGCGGAGUGUACGAGACACCCGGUGGAACCAUCCUGAGCCUAGCAGCGCGGGAGCUGGAGUCGCUCACGCUGGAUCGCGAGACGAUGCAGAUGAAAGACACGAUGGCGCUCAAGUACGCGGAGCUGGUGUACGCAGGGCGAUGGUUUGAUCCUCUCCGGGAGUCGCUGGACGCCUUCAUGGAGAAGGUGACGGAGACGACGAGCGGCAGUGUCAAGCUCAAGCUGUUCAAGGGGUCGGCGGUGGUGGCCAGCCGGACCAGCCCGUUCAGCCUCUACAGGCAGGACAUAUCUUCGUUCGAGGAGGGCAGUGGGAUCUACAACCAGGGUGACGCUGCCGGAUUCAUCCGCUUGUAUGGCCUUCCCACUCGCGUCCGAGCAAUGCUUCUGGAGAAAUGAGAGAAAGAACAGGCAUGGAAGUUCUUCGUUGUUUUGAUAUUGUUCUUGUGUUUUUGAUAUCCGGAGUGGAAGAAUCGAAUGCUUUGCAAUGUUUCUUGGGAACUGAAAGAAAGUUAUGGAAGUUGUUUGUGUUC